AUGUUGAGAAGGUUUACCACAACAACCAAUCACAAUCGUAUAGCAAGAUUAUGCAUAUCUACAUUGAAAAGAACAAUUUCAUCAAAGGUAAUAGGAAUCGACUUAGGUACAACAAAUAGUGCAGUAGCAUACAUUCGAGACGCCAACGAUAAGAAAUCUGCUGUUAUAAUUGAAUCUGACCAAGGUCAACGUACCACCCCGUCAAUUGUAGCAUUCUCCCGAAACAGUAGUAACAAAACGAGCACAGGUGAUGAGUAUGAGUAUUCAAGCAUUGUGGGUACAUUAGCUAAGAGACAAGCUAUAAUUAAUCCAGAAAAUACAUUCUUCGCUACAAAGAGACUCAUUGGUAGAUCAUUUAAUGAUGAAGAAGUACAACGAGAUAUUAAAUUGAUGCCGUAUAAGAUUUGUAAUGUUGAUGGGAAGGCGUAUUUGAAACUUUCAAACUCGAAUGAGGUGAAAUCCCCCAGUGAGAUUGCAUCAAUAUUGUUGAAAUAUUUGAAGAAUUGUUCUGAAUCUUAUUUAAAUGAACCCAUUGAUAAAGCUGUCAUUACUGUCCCGGCAUAUUUUAAUGAUUCACAAAGACAAGCCACUAAGGAUGCUGGUAAAUUAGCUGGAUUGAAAGUGUUAAGAGUCGUUAAUGAACCUACAGCUGCUGCGUUAAGUUUUGGAAUGGAUGAUAUUAAGAAGAAUUCUGGGAUCAUUGCAGUUUAUGACUUAGGUGGUGGGACUUUUGAUAUCUCCAUAUUAGAUAUCGAAGAUGGUGUUUUUGAGGUGAGAGCAACCAAUGGUGAUACUCAUUUAGGUGGUGAAGAUUUUGAUGCUAUUAUAGUUAACCAUCUAUUAGAUCAAUUUAUCAAGAGUAAUUCAGAGCUAGACCGUGAAUUGAUAUGUGCAAAUAGAGAAAUAAUGCAACGACUCAGGGAGGCUGCCGAAAAAUGUAAGAUUGAAUUAUCUCAUGUUCAUGAAACUACUAUCAAAUUACCCUUUCUCUAUGAUGAUAAGCAUUUAAAUAUUACGUUGAAGGAAUCUGAAUUAGACGGCAUGACGUUACAUUUAAUUAAUAAGACCAUUGAACCAGUGAAGAGGGCAUUAAAGGAUUCUGAUAUUGAACCAGAUGAUGUGGACGAUGUGAUACUUGUUGGGGGAAUGACACGAAUGCCCAAGAUUAGGAAAACUGUUGAAAAUUUAUUUGGUAAGAAACCAAAUAUUACUGUUAAUCCUGAUGAAACUGUUGCUCUGGGGGCUGCUAUUCAAGGUGGGAUUCUAUCGGGGGAAAUCAAAAAUGUCUUACUAUUAGAUGUGACACCAUUAACUUUAGGUAUUGAAACUUUUGGAGGUGCAUUUGCACCAUUAAUUCCAAGAAAUACUACUGUUCCUGUGACUAAGACAGAAGUGUUUAGUACAGGUGUCGAUGGACAAACUGGUGUAGAUAUUAAAGUUUAUCAAGGUGAACGUGGUCUGGUACGUGAUAAUAAAUUAAUUGGAGAUUUUAAAUUGACAGGAAUUCCACCUAUGCUUAAAGGUAUUCCACAAAUUUUUGUAACAUUUGAUAUUGAUGCAGAUGGUAUUAUUGAUGUUUCUGCCUCUGAGAAAAGUAGUGGUAAAGAACAAUCUAUUACAGUGGUACCUAAAUCAGGUCUUACUGAGGAUGAGAUUAAUAAAUUAAUUGAAGAAGCCAAUGCUAAUAGAAGUAAUGAUAAUUUAAUUAGACAAAGAUUAGAAUUAAUUACUAAAGCUGAUAUUAUGAUUAGUGACACAGAAUUAUCAUUUGCGAAAUAUAAAGGACUAAUCUCUAAAGAUGAUCAAUAUGAAUCCAUUGUGAAUGAAUUGAAAGAAUUGCGUUUUAUGAUUAAUAAAUUUAAGGAAAACGAAAAUGAUUUAUCGAUUGAUGUUAAUAUUAUCAAGAAAUCAACAGAUUCCUUACAGAAUAAAGCAUUUAAAUUAUUUGAACGUGUGACUAAAGCACAAGCAGCUGCAGAUCAGAAGGAAUCAAAGAAAUAG